AUGAUCAUUAUGAUCACAAGAUCUAUAGGGGAUCCAGUCAUCAUGUUCAUUAUGAUGCAAUCAUUGGUUCGCCGCCGCGUGCUCUUGAUUGACUCGGGAGUAUAUCGCAAUGGCCCAACCCAGCACAUGCAUGAUGUCCUGGGUUUUGACGGCGUAAAACCCGCAUACUUUCGUUGGGCCGCUCGGAAGCAGAUCUCUUUCUACAAGACCGUUUCCAUGAAAAAUGGCUCGGUGACUAAGAUCAAGUCCACGGGAAGUGAGGGUGAUACGUACUUUAAAGUCUACCGGAGCCACCAUGGAAAGCAGGAGGUCUUGACCGCACGGAAGGUAAUUCUCGGUACGGGUCUUCGCGACCUGCUCCCCAAGACGCCGGGUGUCCGCGAGAACUGGGGCAACGGUAUCUACUGGUGCGCCUGGUGUGACGGGUUUGAACAUGCCGACCAGAAGAUCGGCGUCCUCAAGUCCCUCGAAAAGUCUAUCGGAACGGUCCGCCAGAUCCUGACACUAAACCGCGACAUUAUCCUCUUUACCAACGGGACUGACACGCCACAAGCACGCGAGGCCCUAGAGAAAACCACCCCCAGAUGGCAGAAGUUCCUGAGGCAACAUUCCGUGAAGAUCGAGAACCGACCAAUUAAGUCAAUUGAGAAAGUGCGCGGGGGCCACACGCACGGAGACCCAAGCUUGCCGAGUACGCCUAGCGACAACCUGUUCCGCGUCAACUUUAGAUACGGCCGUCCUGUUUUUAGGAAUGGUUUCAUGCUCGAAGAAGACCCCAUUCAAGCGUCCAAAAUCGGGGAGAAGAUGGGCGUUCAUUUGUUCGGGGGCAGGUUGGGGAUUAACUUCAACAGCAUGGAGACGAACGUUCCAGGCGUCUAUGCUGUCGGAGACGCCAACUCUGAUAAUUCCACCAACGUGCCUCAUGCAUUCUGGAGUGGCAAGAGAGCCGCAGUUUCUGCGCACGGCGCCAUUGGAAGAGAGGAUUAUAACAGAGACGUUAAAAAACAGCGCAAGAGAGCCGUGGUAGAGGACCCUAGGACUAUCUGGAAUAGGAUGAACGGUAAAGUUGGGGACUUGCUUUAUGCUGGUGAAUUCGACCGGCUCUAG